AGUUCUUAGCAAACUGCUUUCUUCCUUUUUUACUCCUCAUUGAUGGACCCAACCCACAAAGACUUUCACUUUCAUCUCCCAUCUUCCAAAAAAUCACUAGCAAACACUCUUCCUGCUCCCACAAACUUCCCCUGCUCUGAGAAUUGUGAGUUCUAAAGCAGCUCUGACAGUAGACAAGUGUUUUUGUAGAGAAAAGCAUGGCUUCUUGUUUUUCUGUUGUUUCCAAUACUGGGUUCUUAUCUAUCCCCAACAAAUUAGAAUUUCACGGCGACAAGUCCAAGUCUUUGGGAAGGUUCAGAGGUUGCUGUAGUUCAUUUGCUUUUCGUUCCGUGGGUUUUCGUAAAUUGCGAAACUUUCAACGUGGGUUGUUCUUGAACAAUGAGCUUAGGCCACUGAUGAAUGGAAACAGUGGAGUUUGGUUAGAGGGAUUGAAUAGUUGUUGUAAAUCUAGACAUGGGUUGUGUUGUUACAAUAAAAUGGAGCCAUUUAUGAAUGCAAAUAGCGCGAAUAAGCGGGUCCAUUUGGGGAAGAAAGGAGACACUAAGUUGAGGUCUUUGAGGAGGAGAUUUUCUUUGAGAUUGCGCCCGAGGUUGCGGUGGUUAGCUAUGAGAAUGAAAAGAGUUACAAUUCAGUCAGUGUUGAAUGGUGUUGGGACUUUCUUGCGAAUGAACAUGAGAAGAGUGACACUUGUUUCUUUGGUUUCUGCGAUAUUGGGGCUCUGCUAUUUGUUUCUGAAGUUCACAGCUGUGCCCUCUUGGAAAAUGGUUCCAUAUUCAGAAUUGAUAACAAGCCUUCAAAAUGAGUCUGUUACAAAAGUUCUACUUGAAGAGGGGUCUCGUCGGAUAUAUUAUAACACAAAUUCUCGCGUUGAUGGGGGUACCCAAUUGUCUGAGGGAGAAUUGCCAAGCAUUGAAAGUGAGAAUGUGGCUGAUAAAGUCACAAGUAAUGAUGGCUCUCGAUCUAGUCAAGCACUGAAUAGGAAUGUAUUGAGAAAAUUAUCACCGACUCAAGCUUCUACGCCUGACUGGCAGUAUAUGACCAGAAAAGUAGAUCAUGAUGAGAAAUUUUUACUUAGUUUGAUGAGAGAGAAAGGAAUUACAUAUAGCUCGGCUCCUCAAUCAGUUUUGAUGUCAAUGAGGACUACUUUGAUAACUAUAAUAUCUCUGUGGAUUCCUUUGAUGCCAUUGAUGUGGCUUCUUUAUCGUCAACUUUCUGCUGCUAAUAGCCCAGCUAGAAAGCGGCGACCUGAUAAGCAGUUGGUUGGAUUUGAAGAUGUUGAGGGAGUUGAUGCUGCGAAAUUGGAGCUUAUGGAGAUAGUUUUAUGCUUGCAAGGAGCUAUUAACUACAACAAACUAGGAGCAAAGUUACCCAGAGGGGUAUUGCUGGUUGGUCCUCCCGGAACAGGGAAAACAUUACUUGCCCGUGCAGUGGCUGGAGAAGCAGGUGUACCAUUUUUCAGUGUUUCUGCCAGUGAAUUUGUGGAGAUGUUUGUUGGAAGAGGAGCAGCUCGCAUUAGAGACCUUUUCAAUAUGGCAAGGAAACAUUCACCUUCAAUUGUAUUCAUUGAUGAGCUUGAUGCAGUUGGAACGAAGCGUGGCAGAAGUUUCAAUGAUGAGCGUGACCAAACAUUGAAUCAGUUGCUGACGGAAAUGGAUGGAUUUGAGUCAGACUCGAAGGUGAUUGUUGUUGCAGCAACAAACAGGCCCGAAGUACUGGAUUCUGCCCUUUGUAGGCCAGGCCGCUUCUCAAGAAAAAUAGUUGUAGGAGAACCAGAUGAAGAAGGAAGGAGAAAGAUAUUGGCUGUACAUUUGAGAGGAGUUCCUUUGGAGGAAGACACUAAUCUUAUUUGCAAUCUCAUUGCUUCACUGACACCAGGUUUUGUAGGUGCUGAUCUUGCAAACAUCGUCAAUGAAGCUGCUUUACUUGCUGCUCGUAGGGGUGGUGAAACUGUGGCCAGAGAAGAUGUAAUGGAAGCAAUUGAAAGAGCAAAAUUUGGAAUUAAUGAUAAGCAACUUAGGCCGAGUACAAUAAGCAAGGAGCUUGGGAAAAUGUUCCCGUGGAUGCCUUCUCUGAUGGGAAAGAACACAAGGCAAGACGGAGUGCAAGGGCCUCUAGGAUAUCAAACUCUGAGCUGAUGAAAUGAUACCAUGACCGUUUACCAGAAGGCUGAAUCUACACGACGAGGCUUCUCAGAUACAGGUCCGGCACUGUAUGAGAAGCGAUAUUACUGCAACGAGUUGGACAGCCGAUAUAGGAUCGUACUUGCACUGUCAUGAACUUCGAAGAGGCGAUCAGGUAUCGAGUAGAUUCGAUGCCAAGAUAUUGCAAAGCAUACCGUGAUGAUACACAUGAACUAUGUUUGCAGGUCAGAGGCAGCAUUAGGGUUUCAUUUUUGGAUUCACCCGUACCCAUAAUAUUGGUUGAAGCACAUUGCUGUAUCAUUCCAAUGUAUUAAACUAUGAUAUCUACAGGAUUAUAAUUAUUUGACUUAUAAUUAUUGACAAUAAAAAGAAUUAAAUAAAUGGAAUAUUUUAUGGUUUGGAAA